UGACGGAAGACCGUUGGUGACGUCACGCGGCGGGAAGAAGGAAAAAAAAUUGCAGUAUAUUUUUUCCACAGACUCGACAUGAGAGCUAGGAUUGUUACAGAAGCCAAUAACUUCGUUCACUUUCUGAAGUUGUUUCAGGAGGACAACAGAGACUCCUGGGGUUUCCAGGAGUGUAUUAAAAUAUCCAAGUGUAAUGAUGAACCACUUCUCAGCAUCUCUGAGGGAAACAAACCUGUCUUCAUCUGUGAGAAAAUGCCUCCACCGGUUUGUGAGUCUGAGGAUGCAGAGACCACAGAUGAGAUCAGUUUCACUGAAGAAACACCUAUAAAACUGCAAGAACUCAACAAAGAUCCACUUCCGCUCAGUGUCAGUAGAGCAAGAGAGAUAUUGUCCUGGUACGUCAUGUCUCAGAAUCCGCACAUGUCCCAGGUGGAUGCUCAGGUUCUGCGUCCUCUUUGGGUCCGUUGUGACACACAGGACCCUGCUAACACGUCUUGGCUGGCUGCAGAGACCGUCUACGCUGGCAACAGGGCCACCGCUGUUAAAUUGUACACAGUCACGUGCGAAGGGUCAUCUGUGGAUGAGGCCUCAUUUAUUACAAUGGAUCAGCUGAAACAAGAACACCAGAACAGACACCAUUCCACAGCGGUGGUGACAAAAGCCUGGGCCAAAUACAGUCUUUUUUGUUCGUUGAAGGAAGAAAGUUUGCUUGUUGAUUCUGAGAACAAUAUAACAGCAUACUUUACAUGGAACAAUGUAGAGAAGGUGCUAGAGAUGCCACCCCUGUCAUCUACAGUUAUGCUGUAUAUCAAGGUGAUACCUGGAGACGUCAGGAGCCCUCUGUAUCAAACCUACAGAGAGCUGGAAUUCAUUUUGACUCUAGCGAAAGGCUUGAGAAAUGAGGAGAUUGAGUGGUUGGAGCCGCUGGAAACACGGUCUGCUGUGGAUCUAACCCGAGCACUUAUCGAAGAGCUGGAGAAUGUUGCAAAUGCAGUCCCAGGCCAGAAUUUAAAAGGAUCAGAGAACAAGAAGGGCAAAAACGACUCUGUGGUGGGUUUAGGUGGUAUGUUAAUAGAAAGAGGAGACCUGGACUUCACUGAGCAGCUCUGGGAGAAGAUGAGAAGAAGUGUAACCUCAUAUCAGGACAUAACAGACUCUCUCAAACUGGUCAUCAAAGCUCUGCGAUUUGGGCAGAUUAAACCUUGGGUCCACAGGGACAGCAGCAGCUCGCUGAGUAAACUGAUAGUGCAGUCCUACCAGCAGCAAGUAGACACGGUGCCUCUAACCAGCCUCAUGCCUGCCAUCAUGCUGCUGGAGCUGGGCCUGGACAAGAUGAGGAAAGACUACAUCAACUACCUUGUUGGGAAUGAGCUGACGACUCUCAACCACCUGAGUUACUACAUUAGCAGUGAGGUGAAUCUACAAGAGCAGGUGAUCAGACUGAGGAAACUGCACCACCUGCUGGAGGUCCUGGGAACCUGCAGCAACUAUCUCAGCUUGCCUCAUGAGCGUCUUUUCUUCUUUACUCAGUCAUGUUUGCAGUACUACAAAACAGCACCUUACGAGGAAGAGCAUGUGUUUCAGAUGCAAAUCAAACCUGCUCUGAUCAGUCACUUCUAUCAGACAGAACAGCCCUCAUCAUGGGGAGUGGAGGUAUCUAGUGGGCAGGGGUCACGAGAGGUGAAGACUACUUUACAUCUCAGUGAUAAACCUCUAGUGGAUCACAUCAGCUCAAACUCAGAUGUGCCACUGGAGGCCUCAGUGAACGGAGAGAUCGAGAAAACCGCAUACUUCAGAAUGAUGGUGUUCUGCAGCCUGGCCAGCUUCAGUUAGCAGGUGCGUUUGCGAAGGAGAAACAUAAGAAAUAGUGCAGUGAUGAGAAUGCAGAGGGUGCACACUGUGGGCACAACUAUCUCUGUUACCAUCUCCAUGUGGCUGGUCAAGGGAUCUGAAACACAGGCACAAUAAAACACUGACAUUAUAAGCUUGUUAGCAUAGUGCAAUGCAAGCAAAGAUAUUUAGUGUUGAACCAAUUGCUCAGUAUAACUCGUAGUGCUUUGCUUGAAUUUUUUAAAUAGUUAACACAUUUGCAUGCUGCUGUGCUGAGUUCGCAUAUAAAAGCCACAGAACUUGUAGGGUUGAUACUUUCUUCAGAUGUCCAUUAGACAUGUGCAAGUGUGUGCGUGCGAGUGAGCGAUUGGCUUACCAUGAAUAAGUCUUAGAAUAUUGGCAGCUGUACUUCUCUGUUCCUCUAUUAAAAACAAAGAGAAAUGCACUUAGGCCAGAAUCAGAGCAAGUGAAA